CAGUCGCGAUUAGAACGUUUUAAACUCUCAUAGGAAGCAGAUCGAAAAUCGGCGCGUAGAAACGAUAUCGAACUACUUUUUUGCCGUUCGAUCUGCACUUUUCAAGAAAAAAAGUGAAAACGCAACUAAUUUACUAUAUACUUACUCGCACGUGAUAAUAAAACCAAAAAAAAAAAAAAAAACAAUAAAUAAUAACAGUUUUAAGUGACUCUAAAUUUUUUUUCCAACUCAUAUGUUUAAUUUAUUUAAUUUACUCAUAAGCCUAUGAAAUUAUAAAAACUAAGCAAUAAAAUGAUGCGAUUAUUACAGUCUCGUGCUACACUAUCUGUGACUGCUGCAACGGCCACAGCAACGAAAAGUAAUUUGAUAACGGUCAAGGAUGCAGCGACAAAGUCAUUUAAUAGAUGGCGCCAUCACGGUAAAGUUAUCGCUAUACGACGAGAAGAUCAAUCGGUUUGGGAGAGACGUGCGCCUUUUGGACCAUCGCAUGUGCAAAAGUUGGUGAAAAAAGGUGUCAAGGUUAUCGUGCAGCCAUCGAAUCGGCGAGCCUAUCCCAUGCAGGUUUACAUGCAUUCUGGCGCAACUGUACAGGAGGACAUAAGUGAGGCGUCUGUGAUAUUUGGUGUAAAACAGGUGCCCAUAGAUGCGCUAAUUCCAGGCAAAACAUAUUGCUUCUUCUCGCACACGAUUAAGGCUCAAGAGUCGAAUAUGCCAUUGCUGGAUGCCGUUUUAGAAAAAAAUAUCCGUUUGAUUGAUUACGAACGCAUAGUGGACGAGCGUGGCGCACGUCAAGUUGCAUUUGGCAAAUACGCUGGCGUAGCGGGAAUGGUGAAUAUUCUACAUGGCGUUGGGUUACGUCUGCUGGCAUUGGGACAUCACACUCCCUUUAUGCACAUCGGGCCGGCGCAUAAUUACCGCAACUCAUCAAUGGCGCGACAGGCAAUACGAGAUUGUGGCUAUGAGAUAUCAUUGGGCAUGAUGCCUAAAUCCAUUGGGCCAUUGACUUUUGUGUUCACUGGCUCGGGCAAUGUAUCACAAGGUGCACAGGAAGUGUUUCAGGAAUUGCCUAUAGAAUAUGUGCCGCCUGAGAUGCUGCGCAAGGUGGCGGAGCAUGGCAGUCAGAAUAAGUUGUAUGGCUGCGAAGUAAGCCGUACGGAUCACUUGGAGCGACGUGAAGGUGGAGGUUUUGAUGCACGUGAAUAUGAUGAGUUUCCAGAGCGUUACAUUUCUACAUUCAGUUCGAAAAUCGCACCCUAUGCUUCGGUGAUUAUUAAUGGUAUUUACUGGGCGGUAGGUAGUCCGAAAUUGAUUAGCAUACCGGAUGCUAAAAAUUUGCUGCGACCAGCAAAUACGCCUUGGUUACCCACUAGCAAGGGCAGUCCAGCGUUGCCGCAUCGCAUGUUGGCUAUCUGUGAUAUUUCUGCUGAUCCUGGCGGUUCUAUUGAGUUCAUGAACGAAUGCACGACAAUUGAUACGCCAUUCUGUUUAUAUGAUGCGGAUCGGAACAAGGAUAUGAAGAGCUUUAAGGGACCAGGUGUUUUGGUGUGCUCAAUUGAUAAUAUGCCUACACAGCUACCGCGUGAAUCGACCGACUACUUUGGAGAACUAUUAAGUCCAUUUGUGUAUGAUAUAAUUAAAAGUGAUGCGAAGAAACCACUUGAGGAGGAGAACUUUUUAUAUCCCAUUAAGUCGGCAAUCAUUGCCAGCAAUGGUAAGCUGACUGAUAAUUUCCAGUAUAUACAGGAGUUGCGUGAAUCAAACAGUUACCGCUCUCGCCACAAAAUCGAAGGCCGCUUAGAUUCUGACAAAAAAGUGCUCGUACUUGGCGCUGGCAUGGUCUCAGCGCCUCUUGUCGAAUGGCUCGCACGCGAAAGAGACGUCUCCAUCACCGUCUGCUCGGCGCUGAAAGAGGAAGCUGAUCGCCUUGCUAAGCAAUACAAUGGCGUGGACAGUGUCUAUCUCAACGUCACCGAGGGCACAGAGCACUUGCAAGAGUUGUGUGCCAUGUCAGAUGUUGUCAUUUCUCUGUUGCCUUACAGUCUACACGGCAUGGUAGCCAAGUGCUGUGUAGCCGAGAAGACGCAUAUGGUAACGGCCAGUUACUUGAAUGACGAAAUUAUGGAACUGCAUGACGAAGCGCGCCGAAAUGGUGUUACCAUCAUGAAUGAGGUGGGUCUUGACCCAGGCAUUGAUCACCUGCUAGCACUGGAGUGCAUCGAUGAGGUGAAGGAGAAGGGCGGUGUCAUUGAAUCGUUUGUUAGUUUCUGUGGUGGCCUGCCAGCGCCCGAGCACUCGGACAACGCAUUGCGGUAUAAAUUUUCUUGGUCGCCGCGUGGUGUGCUCUUGAAUACUUUGUCAGCGGCGAAGUAUUUGAGUAAAGGCCAAAUUGUGGAGAUAUCUGGUGGUGGUGAUUUGAUGUCGAAUCCUAGAAGUCUAAAUUUCUUGCCCGGUUUCGCACUAGAAGGUUUUCCUAAUCGCGACUCAACGAAGUACGCUGAACUCUACGGGCUGGGGCGAGAUGUGCAUACAUUAUUGCGUGGCACCAUUCGCUAUAAAGGCUUCUCAGAGUGUGUACAGCCAAUGCAAUUGCUCGGCUUGAUCGACCCAGAACCACAUCCAAUGUUGCAUCCGCACGGACCGGAGGUCACUUGGCGGCAACUGGUGAUAAAUAUGCUGGGUAUGUCCGAUUCUAGCAUUUUCUAUGAGAAUUUGAAACAAAAAGUGAUAGAGCGCAUCGGAAACGCUGAUGGUCUGGAGAGUUUAGGACUGAUGGAGGAUACACCGGUUGAAAAGAUGAAUACGCCAUUGGACACGCUAAGUCACUAUCUCGCGAAACGUUUGGCUUUUGAGCCGCAUGAACGUGACUUGGUCAUACUACGCCACGAAGUGGGCAUACGCUGGCAGGACGGUCGUCGUGAGGAGCGUGGCAUCAACUUUGUCGUCUACGGCCAACCGGGUGGACACUCGGCUAUGGCACAGACGGUUGGCCAGCCGGCAGCAAUAGCAGCUAAAAUGAUAUUGGAUGGUGAAAUACAAGAACGCGGUGUAUGUCUACCCUUUACACCCGAUAUCUACCGACCACUGUUGCAACGGUUACGCGCCGAGGGCCUUACAGCUACGGAGACAACUAGAAUUAUAAAUUAAGUUUAGAUGAUUGAUUUUAUUUUUGAUGUAUAUAAUAGAAGUUUAACGGCUUAAGAUAACGUUUCUAUAAUUUUUAUAUCAAAAUUUUUGUACAAAGAAAUAUUUAUUUAAGAAAAGUUA